AUGGCGUCUCUGGCCCUCCACCCCAUCAUCCCGGCCACCGCCGCUUCAUCCACGACCCUCGCGGUCGUCGUUGGCUCCCGCGCCCGCCACGCUGCCACACUCCACCGCGGCUUUCGCCCGCGGCGCCUCAUCACCUGCAAGGCGGAGACGAGCGGCGGCAACAGCACCCUGGAGCUGGCCGCAGGGGCAGCCGGGUUGGCAUCGAGCGCGGUCGUGGCGUGGUCCCUCUACACGCUGAAUACGACGGGGUGCGGCCUCCCUCCAGGCCCCGGCGGCGCCCUCGGCGCGGCGGAGGGGGUCAGCUACCUCGUCGUGGCGGGCCUACUCGGGUGGUCGGCCACCACCAAGGUGCGCACUGGGUCGGGCCUCCCGGCUGGCCCCUACGGGCUCCUCGGCGCUGCUGAGGGCGUUGCCUACCUCACCAUCGCGGCCAUUGCCGUUGUCUUCGGCCUGCAGUUCUUGCAGCAGGGGUCCAUCCCGGCGUUGGGCUUCGACUCCAACUUUGACAUCAUUGGCUAUGCCUUUGUCAAAACAUCCCGCAAGGGGCUUUGCCAUCGGCUUUGCCGUAAUCGACAUCGCCUUCUCCACCAAUUUAGAGCAGGGGAUCGCCUCAACAUCUUCGACUUUGCCUUUGCCAACAUUUUGGAGCAGAGGAUUGCCAUUGGCAUCUUUGACUUCGCCUUCGCCAUCAACUGGAGUGGGGGGAUCUCCAUCUAUGAAAUAUGUGACAUCAACCACGUCUACGUCAUUUACUUCAAGCAAGCACGCGAAAGAAUUUCUAAAAAGCGCCAACCAACAAGAGGGACUGGCGAGGAGCUCAAUGGACAAGCAAUCCACUCAAAGACAAAACCCUUUGCUUGGGGCCUGUGA